AUGACCCAGCCAAGCCAAGGGAAGAGAGAGCACGAGACGCGAGAGGAAUCUUCACACCAGAAGGUGAAACAGCGACGGUCACGUACAAACUUCACGCUCGAACAGCUGAACGAACUGGAGCGGCUCUUCGACGAGACCCACUACCCGGACGCCUUCAUGAGGGAGGAGCUGUCGCAGCGCCUGGGUCUCUCGGAGGCCAGAGUGCAGGUGUGGUUCCAGAACCGACGGGCCAAGUGCAGGAAGCACGAGAGCCAGAUGCACAAAGGUUCUCGGCGUUUUUCGCAGUUCGUUGAUUUUUUCCAAGUAAAAAGUCACAUUAUAGCGCCCGUGUUCUUAUAUCAAAUUAUACUGAUUACUGAUUCCGCUCACGUCGGGGGCUCUGCCGUCCUCGUGCACGCUGUAGCCAUCCUCUGUGCCCGCUCCUGUAACCGUACUCGGCACCGGCGCCGAGACAAUGUCAUUAGCAGGAUGUACACAAUGCCGAAAGUCUGGAAAAUCCGAGCUAAUCAUAUUCAGGCAACCGGCAUGCUGCUCUCCCCGUCGUCCACCGCCGCCUCCCCGAUGGGCGUGAUGCCAGCCAGCAGCGUGGGCCUCGGCAGUUCGGGCGGGGUGGGCGUGCCCCUCGAGGCGUGUCGCGUGGCGCCCUACGUGUCUCCGCUUCGCCUUCAUCCUCCUGCGUACGACAGGCUGCCCACGCUGCCGGCGCUGUCGCUCGACCCCGCGCUGCUCUCCGCCGCCCAUCAGUACGCUGCGGCGGCCGUUAGCACUGGAGGCAGCAGCGGCGGCACCAGCAACCCCCUGACGUCUCCGCCUCUGCUGUACUACCCGCACCCCACGUACCCGCUGGCCCUGUCCGCCCUCGCCGCCGCCGAGAGGAUCUCCUCCAAGAACUCCUCCAUAGCCGAGCUCAGACUGAAGGCCCGCAAGCACGCCGAGGCCCUCGGACUCACCAUGCCGCCGACAUAACUGGGCGGGUCCGCCGGCC